CAUGCGGCAUCAUCGUCGAUAUGUUCCCGCUAUCGAUCGCCCUGAACCAGAAUCCCGUUUACUAUUCGGAGCCGACGAUGACUGACUACGACGACAUCGAGGAUGAACCGAAAAAUCCGACCGUCACUAUCGCUUUUGAGUACGUUGAGAGCGAGGAAACCUUCAACUUUUACAUACGACGGGUUUCCAAUGCUCCUUUCGUACCCUCCAUCAAGCAGAAGCACUCCAGAGCUGCGCUGCAUGUGGUUAGAGGAAUUUCGCGAAAAACUUGGAUGGGAACGAAGAGAACUUCAAUCACAUGGGAGGACGUCAUUGCACACACUCCUGAAAGUUAUAGAACUCUUGCCGUGCCCCACUGUAUAACAACCAUAUUCAAUGAAUUCUUCUCCUGCAAAGUUGCGAAGAAAGACUUUCACAAUACACUGUUGAAAAUCCAGUUUUGCGAUGUUGGCAAAGACGACUUUGAGGUGCCAAUAGCCGACUGUGAUUACUGGAUCGAUACAAAUCCGAUCGAGCGAUUCAGAGAGUAUGAACUGCCUUUGCAAGUCCUGACUCCGGACCUUGGAGAGUUAGAACUUUCAAUAACAUAUUUGAUGACUGCACAGCGUGUUUUGGUAUCUGACUGCAGAGCCACCAAUCUUAUUGUGGAUCCAAACGCUGAAGAGAUUCAUGUGCGCGCAAUACUAUUUGUGAAUGAAGAGUUCGAAGAGAUUCACAAAACGGAAGAGAAAAGCCCUCAAGACGAAACUCCGCUUGGUAUCACAUUCGGCAAAAGACUGGUGUUCGACUUGAUGCGAAUCGAUGUAAACAGUGCCUUGUUUGUUUGCCAAGUGGUACAGAAGAUCGAGGAUAAAAAACGAGUGAUAGGCCAGUGCGAAGUGAAAGCUGGUGGCGGUCACUGGUCGAGGAUGUUGGCUGCAGUACGACAACCUGUCACGGAGACCUAUCGUCUCCGACCUGCACUUUGAUCUAUUCUCGAUUUGAUAACAUUUCCCUGCUCUCGUUCAAGCAUUGUUUUAUGAGUGUUUGUGAAGCGACACAGCCGUCGACAGACAUGUGCCGUGCACAUGGCAAUCACGGGUGACGAGAUGACCCCCGGACAGGCGACCCCGCCGGUUCGGGGAGGUCGUCCGGCUUCCGACGGCGUUCCUUUCUCACGGGUCCACAUCUCCAUUUCUCAGUGUACGAUUUUGCUGUGAUACUGUGCCUUUGUUCUAAGAUGAC